ACUUGAAGUAUAAUACAUUAUUGGUAAUUCACAGUUUGUAAAAUAAACGCCCCUGACUGCACUGGGCGAAUAUAAAAGCAUUUGAUUUUGAUAAUUUGAAUAGUCUUUGAAGGCAUCGUCGCAGACGCUACCUGACGUUGCUCUGACGUCACUACGCGGACCGAAACAAACAUGGCGCCGCGAAAGUGAGGGAAAACUCCGACUCUUUGUCCAGCCGAGCAGGAUGCCUCUGAGGAAGCAACGCAAGAGAGAUGGACCCCCUGAAAGCCAGUCGUUGGACCAGAACACAAAGGCGGAUGAAGCUCUCAAUGAAGGCGAGGAACAGGGCGAGUGCUCCGCUUCGCUUCUGCCGGCGUUCUUGUCGGACCGAGAAAAACAGUGGAGAGACAGAAAACACAAAGCCGAAGACAUGACAGAGGAAGAGAUGAUGGCCUUGGCCCUGCAUCUGAGCGCGCAGGAAGCCAGCGUCAGCGCGCACCAAGUGCAGCAGGAAGAAGCGGCCGUCAUGAAAGCGAUCAAAGACAGCAUGUUCGGCCAGACACAAGAACCCUCUCAGAGUCAGAGCCUGCUGACUGAAGCGGACACCUCCUGCUCGCGACGCAGCCGUUCGUACCCGAAGGCCGGGGCCGAAUCGAGCGACGUCUGCACGAGCCUGAGCCGAGAGGGCAAAGGAAAAGGGGAAACUAACCAAGAUCAGAAGUGCAAAACGAAGGAAGCUCCUGUGCCGGACUUGUCGCAGAGCCACGACGUCUGCACUCAGGCGUUGCCCAGUAGCUCCGAGUCAGCGCUUGAAUUUUUGGACUCGCCACAGAGCUGCGAUUCCACGCAGAUCGAUCCGCUCCGUAAAUCCCCCGUCUCCCUCACGAGCGGUCGUAGAGCCACGGUGGCCUUCCCCCGGCUGAGUCAGGACCUGCUGGAGACCUGCAAGACCUCCGGCUUCGUGCUUUGCUCACAGCUCUCGCCCGAGAGCGUCCCUUUUUCGGCACGCCGCAAAAGUCCCGUCUUCUCCGAGUCGGAGACGGGAGACGAUGGCGCUGAGUAUCUAAAAAGCCCCGUGUUUGGGGAUGAAGCUCGACGUGACAGCUCUCGGGAUGUCAAAGCGGGAAGUCCGGACGGACCAAACUUGGACUUCAGAUUCUCUACUCAGGAGAGCUUAAGCCCGUCUGUGAGGCCUUCUUCCUGUCCGCCCAUGAGCCCGGUUUUCCCAAUGAGCCCGGCACCCUCAAAGAACUCGCCCCUCUCAAAAAGUAGUCCCGUCUUCUCGGGGUCAGAUGGGAAGCGCUCCCAAGAUGUCCACUCAACAAACGCGGACCGUCGAUCCGUUCCCGGUUUCGCCGAUGACUCAUCUGAAACGGAGCUGAUCAGCGACGUGACGCUUCGCUGGUCUGACGACGAUGCGGAUGACACGCUGGUGAGCUCACCCAGUCCAGUCUUCCCGGAGGAGAAGGGUUUCCAACAGGCCGAAUCACAGACGGCCCAUUUGAACCCCGUAACGGAAACGGGCCCGGAGACAAGCGCUUCGAGCUGCAACCUGAACACUCAGCAGUGUGUCUCCACCCAGCCAACGGUUCAUUAUUACUGGGGGGUCCCCUUCUGUCCACGCGGACUGGACGCAGACGCCUACACACAGGUGAUCGUGGCCCAGAUGGAGGUGUACGAAAAGAGUCUAAAGGAGGCUCAGAGGUGUCUGUUGAGGAAGGCCGAGUGGGGGGACGCCAUCCUGCCGCAGUCGGAGAAAUCCCCGUUACCGGAGUCUUCCCACACGGAAGGUCCUCGCAGGCGUGGCCUCAGACGGAAAUACAAAAAGCUCUUUAGUCAGGAUGUGGACAACCUUCUGGUGGAGACGGAGGAGGAGGAAGAGGGGGAACAGCAGCAGCAGGAGGAGGAGGAAGUAAGGGAAAAGGAGGAGGAAGAGGAGAAAGAGGGGAUGGAGGAGGAAGGGACUGCAUGGAAAGAGGGAGAGCAGAUGGACACUGACGACUACGUGAUUUGUCCAGAGACCCAAAUGAGUGGGCAAGAUCACACGGAUCUAGCUAAGCCUAACAGCCCGGAGUGUCCGGAAACGGCGCAGAGAGGCGAUGAUUCGGUCGUCGAUGAACUCGAGGAUGAGGAGGCGACGAUGGAGGCCAACGGAGAGACUCAGACAAACCACCUCAUCAGCGGCGACAUUGGAACGAAACCUGCUCCGACGAAUGAGGAAGAAGAAAGAGUGCUUCGAAGGUCCUGUUCGCCCGAGCUGGAUCCCGUCGGCCUGGAAGCCGCCGUGGAGUGUCCCAUGUGCCAGGGAACGUUCCCCAUGGGAAAGAUCGAGAGGCACGCGGCGUACUGCGACGGCAAGGCAGAGCCCGCAGAUGCGGAUGAAUGUUUGCAAGUGCCCUUGAAUCCCAGAAGGAAGAGAAAAAGGUGGGCAGCAGACGAAGAAGGCGAUGCCUCCUCCACUGACAACAUCCAGGAGAAGUGUUACAUCUGCCAGAAGGCUGUGGCCCUGCGAGAGUACGCCACCCACACCGAGCUCUGCAUCCAGCGGCGGGCAACAAAGACGCCCGGGAAGGGAAAUCUGUUGGCAGCUCUGGAGAAUAUAGAAAGCAGGCAUACGGGAGCCGGUCCGUCCAGGUGCAGACUCCAGCAAGGCGAUAUCAUCGAUCUGCGGGAUGACAAUGAGGAAGAGGUGGCGGGCGGUUCCAUGUUGGGAAUCAGCAACUCGCCAAUUAAGUCUUUCAUUCCCAUCUCGGAGGCCACCGACUGUCUCGUCGACUUCAAGCGGCAGCAAAGACUAAAGAAACCGAGCCACAAACGAAGGUGAAGAAAAAAAAAAAAAAAGCCCAGCGAACCUUAACGAAGACGGAGUGGCCGACGUCACCACGCCUUUGGACUGAUGUCUAUUACGAAUAAUUUAUGCAACACACUUGAAUGUUAAGUGCUGAGGAGUCCUUGUUCUGUAUGUUCAUGUUCAUGGCUUUCGGACUCUCAGCCGUACUGUACUGGAACAUUUCCUUUUUUAAUUUAAAUGUGCCUUUGAAUUGACUUAAAUACAACAGCGGAGCUCAGUACAUUUAUUUGUUUCCCCCCGACAUCAACAUUUGAUUUGAGAUUUGAACAAUUUAACUGUGGUUUAAAUAACGUUUAAAGCAGGAGUGGGCAACGUAUCGCGCACACUGCCACACACUAUUUAAUCUGGUCCACUGAGCAUUUACAUUAUCAAGAGUCCUCCUUAUAUUGGUCAAUUAUUAAAAAUUAUAUUUUUUAUUCACUUACCUCAAUAAAUUAUUGAUUUUUGUAAACAUUAGUCAAAUGCUUUUUUAUUUUAUUUUUUUGUAUUGAAUUGGUUAUAUUCAAUUAUAAAUGAGCUGCUAAGAGCUACAAUGGGCAUACUCCAUAAUUUUUUUUUUUUUGGUCCUUUUCCAGGAGAGUUUAUUUAAAGGUUUGUGGUUGUAAUCGACGGCAUUUAUAUCUUAAUGAUGUCUUUUGGAUAUUUGUUUUUUCAGAAAUUGUGGUUUUUCUUGAGAUUUUAGCAUUUUGCCAAAUAUGCUUUUGGACUUAGACUUGAAUAUACAGUGCCAGGAAGAAGUAUUUGCCUCCUCCUCAAAUUAUGUAUUGUAUGUUUCCCCACGUUAACGUAUAAGAUCGUCAGACAAAUAAAUUGUCUCAUAAUAAUUGUAAAUUAUCAGGCAAAGAUAA